AUUUUGCUGUCAGUCAAGGCGAGUGUUUGGCAAAAGAUGAAUCUUCUUGUAUCCGUUCUGUGUGUAUUGGUGUUUGCAGGAACACCAAUUGCAUGUGAGAAUAAUAGCUUUGAAUGUGUUGAGGGCGAGUAUAACACCAGACUUACACCUGAGAGUAAGAUUGCAGAUGAGGGAGAAACUGUCAAACUGACAUGUAGCACAGAUCUGCCAGCUACCUAUUCUCGGUGGGAAAUCGAUGACCAGGUGUACGAAAGUAAUCAUCUUCCACCUGGGUUUACUGCAAAUGGAUUUGACAUUGAAUUUGUAUUUGGCGGUAGAGUUGUGGAUUUUCGUUGUUUUUUUAAGAUAUUCUCAGAGGGGUCAGAUAUGAACAUCUGCAGCAGUCUUUCUAGGAUAACUCCAAGAAAUGCCAGAGACGGUGACGAAACACCUUCAUGCCUAACACCUAGAGUAUCAUUUCUGAAUCGUGGGGACAUUGCUAACAUAUACAUGGGAUUUCAGGAGGUUAAAAACCGAAGCAUCUCUGUUAAUUAUAGAAAACGUUCGGACUUUAACUGUACAACUGAACGAAUCACACCAGUCAAUGAAACAGAGAUUGACGUAACACUCAGUCCUUUGGCUAAAUUCUAUAAUAAUGAUGUUAUAGUUACUAUAACUGAUGAUGAAGAUGAAGAUGAUUGUGGUGGAACAAGCUUUGAAAUACCUAAUAUGCAACCAACAGGGUACAACUUCAUUGAAGUAAACAAUAAUACGGAUGACCUUUCCAAUCAAUACUGUGACAUUGGUCGCAUGUAUAAUAGGACUGUAUCAUUUUCUGUAAUUGAACACAAGAUGUGCAUAUACUCCAGAAAUAGGAGAGUGACUGAAUGUUUUGAUUCCCUAUGUAAUGAGCAAGAUACGAUAUGCGCAGAUGAAAACAAGCUUCUAGUCCAGAACGAGACUGAGAAUGAAACCGUAGUUUCUAUUUUCUGCACCAAUACACAAAAUUGCACAGGCAACAACAGUGAUUUCAUGGUUUACAACAAUGAAAUAAUAUUGAUUCAUGAUGAUGGACAAGAAAGUACCCCGCCUCAGCCAAGGGAACUCUUCCUCUCGAUGGAUUGCAAUGUUCCAGUGAGUGACGGCAGACCUGGUGUCUUUAGUUGGAUGGAUGGUGAAAGAGAUGAUGGAGUGGAGUAUCCAGGAGAACAGAAGGCAGUUGUGAAGCUAAGUCCUCCAGGAGACACUGUCUGCUCUGAUGUGGCAGACACAAGAUGCACUUUCAACAUCACCACAGAAGACUACUACACUGUUUCUCUCACACUCACCAAUGAUGCGGGAUCAUCUGAGCCUGUCAGCCUCUCCUUUAACACCAUGGUAUUCCAGCUGAUAGAGGACAAUCUUGGAGGAAAUGAACCCAAUAUCAGGGUGACAGUAAAUGAAUACUGCUCAAAUACCAAUGUGACUGUGUCAUUUGGUGAGAGAGAGAAUGGCAGCAACAAUAACUGCGACCAUCAGGAUUUUCAGAGUGACAUCUUAGCACCGGAUGCUGCAAUGACAUUCUAC